AUGUCAGUCUGGCAAAUGGACGACAUCUCCGCGCAACCGGAUAAUUACACAAUGGAGAAAAACAUUUGCGAGCGUCACUUUUUAGACAACGUAUCUCAAAAUUCUCAAGGUAGUAAAUCAGUCAAGCUUCCAAUCAAAGAGCAAAUGUUAAAUAACAUUGGCGAUUCGCGUGAGUCUGCUCUCAAACGAUUGAGGGGCAUCGAGAGACGUUUCAAACGCGAUCUUACGUUUAAAAUUCAAUACGCGGCGUUUCUCGACGAAUAUUUAUCGCUGGAACAUAUGCGACGCAUAGAGCCACCCAUUGCGGAAGAAACAAUAUCGUUUUAUCUUCCCCACCAUUGCGUCUUCACGGUCGGGCAAGCGUCGAAAAUCCAUAUUGUAUUCGACGCAUCUUGCCGUAGCAGUUCCGGCGUAUCAUUAAAUGCGCUUCUAAUUUUAGUGCAUCCGUCCCAGCAGAGAAUUCUCUCCGAUGAUCUCUCUGCUAAUGUCGAUACGUACGAACUCACUACCGUCACUUACGGUACAGCUUCUGCGUCAUUUCUGGCCACCAGAUGCUUUAAACAUUUGGCUGAGCAAUACACUCAUCAAUUCACUCGCGGUUCAGCAUGCGUCCUUUGGGAUUUUUAUGUCGAUGACAUGGUCACCGAAUACAGUCGACAAAUUAAAACUAAUUCGCGGUGA